AUGAACUCUUACUUAGAUUACCCCGUGUGCAACCGGGGAGCAAAUAUCUUCAGUGCCAAGGCUGGAUACCACAAUUUAAACCACGGAUACAUGUCGUCCAACUCGUGCGCAACAAGUGAUAGUUACGCACCGGACGGCCGCUUAGUUGCUGCAACUUCUGGGCCCCACCAGACUCCGAGCCUCCCUCUGCACCACCAGACACACGUCAACUUGGAUCUGCAGUUUUCAACACCGGGGAACUCCAUGUAUGGGUCACCCCUGGACUACGGACACCACCAGUACGGCCUAGCCUCCGAGCAGGACCGGAACUUCAUUCACGCGCAAGUUUCACCCCUUGGGACAAACAUGGCCCCUUACACCGGGGAUAGUUGUGGGCCUGGAGUUGCAGCGGGCGGCCAGUAUCUGCAUUUCGGCAACGGAGACCAGAGGCAGCAAGAGUAUUCAGAGAGUGUUUACACAAGGUUACCGCCCCAGAAUAAGGAGAAGGAUUUGGAGCAUGUGGAGGAAACUUCGAAAACAUUCGACUGGAUGAAAGUGAAGAGGAAUCCUCCUAAAACAGCGGUCCUGUCAGAGUUCGGGGUUCCGGGCCAGCACAACGUGAUCCGCACCAACUUCACCACCAAGCAGCUGACCGAGCUGGAGAAGGAGUUCCACUUCAACAAAUACCUGACGCGGGCACGGCGGGUGGAGGUCGCCGCCAGUCUGGAGCUCAACGAGACGCAGGUGAAGAUCUGGUUCCAGAACCGCAGGAUGAAGCAGAAGAAACGUGAGAAACUGGGCAGCGCUCUGGUCAGCAACACUCCCGCACCUGCGGAGAAACUCUCCGUUCCUGACACCUCUCCAAAGGCGAAGGGGAAAGACUGA